UGAAAGCGAAACCGAGGCUUCAAUUAUCGUCCGCGACUUGUCGUGUUCAGACGACCAGAGCUGCGGCUAUAUAUGCCAGUAAGCAGGCACCGCGCAGCCAGUCCGUGACACUGAAUCGCCAUAUCUUCUCAUUCUAGGACAUACCUCAGUUUCCACGUUGCGUCUUAGAGAUUUCGCUUCGCCCUUAUCGCCACCGAAGAUGUUUUGUAUUUCGCAAAGUUUAACCGUGGCAAUAAGCUGUUUCGCCAUUCUGGUUAACUGCAGUCCGAAGUUCGAUGAUGGAGGGUUUAUGCCAAGCUCCAUCAGUUACAUGGACAAGCAAGCAAAGGCGCAGGAUCAGGUAGCUAUGCCGUCGUCUCAGAUUAAACAGCACGAUGAAGCGUCGAAGCGUGAAUCCGAGACGAAUGACAUUGCGGAUCGCGGCCAGGAGGCGCGAUUUGGUUUCACCAAUAUUGGAAGUACAGGGAGCGGUUACGGCGGCGUGUCCCCUUAUGCGCCGGCGAAGAUAGAUCUUGGCGGGCUUCUCCUGGGAGCCAUCAUAGGCGUGGGAUCGAUCCUGAUCAUCCCAAAACUGCUUUAUAUCCUGUCGGGCACUUAUGGCGCUUACGCGAGAAGUGAAGAUAAUGGCUUCACCCAGACUCUGACGAGGAUCGACGAUGUCCUGGCCCGCCACGGCGUCGACACGACCUCGUGCAUGCAACGCGCGGUGUGCACCUAUUCGCAGCAGGCGGCCACCGCGGUGAGCGACGAGAACGAGAACGUAAACGGGAACGAGACGGACGGGAAGGCGACGUCCUUCGAGAAGAUGGUGAACGCGAUCACCUCUAACCAGGUGUUCCGUACGGCCAUGCAGGGCACGGCGAUCGAGGAGGCGGUGGAGGCCGGUAGAAAGGGCAGAAACUGCUCGAGAUCGUAUCCACAUUGCGGCUUCUCGAUGGAGACGAUGCUGUCGCUGCUGGCUAACGUCGUCGCGGUGGCGAACGCGCGCGUCGCAUCGCCCACUGGCUCCUCGUUAUUGUAA